UAUUACGCGCAAAGUUGUCAAGAAAAGGCAUUGCAAGAAUUUUUUUUAAAUAUUUGUUUACAAAUAGCGUACAGUAAACUUAAUACAUAGGAUUGAUAUUCAUCUUCACUUUUAAGGAUUACUAAAAUAAAACACAAAUACGCAAAAUGAAACAUCAACAAGUUGUUGUUGACUAUUGGAAUAUGAUUAAAGCCUCGUUUACAUGCCUGCUUUUGGCCUUUUUUGGUUACAUUUUAAUAAAGAUGGUGCAAACUAUAUUUUGGCUACCAGGGUAUUUGCAGAAAAAUCAGAAGCGUUUGGAACAGCUAGCGGCGCAAUAUUCUCUGGAACUAGACGAUGAUAAAUCUAUGGGUGGUGAUAUGAAAGCAAAAAUAGAGAAAAUUAUGGAAGAAAGCCAAAUGAUGGUAGGUGGAGAAGAAGAAAAUAGGGCUACUAACGCAGAGGUGUCGAAAAUACAAGGGGAACCAAAAAAGCAGAAAUAAGUUAUGACAUCAAAUUAGGUUGUAUGAACUUAUUUUAUAGCUUUAUUUAACUUUUUCUGUAUUAGUAAUGUUUGAAUAAUUUAUUUUUUAAAUAA